AUGUCCGGCAAGCCGGCGAGUGUGGCCGCGCCGCGAGCGGGCGUGGCUGGCGCGCCGCGCGUGCUGGUGUACGUGGCGGAGGCGCGCCAGCUAGAGGCGGCCGCGGGCCCCGACCCGCCCGACACGCUCUACCUCCACGACAACGUAUCUCAACAUCUCACUUUGCCCAGAAACACACUCUAUCGCCAGCAAAUCGAACAGAACGACCAAGGGAGCGCACCUGGUACUGUUUACUUCAAGUCCUUCAAUGAUCCUGAAGCCAAAUUAAACAACUUUGAGUCAUCCGAGAACGUCACAGGACAACGGGAUGAAUUUUUUCCUGCUUCGCAGUCAUAUCUGAAAGAUACGUGUAUGAGGGAUGAGGACAGUAAGGUCAACGAUAGACCUAGCAGUGUGGCUGUGAAGGCGGACUGUGACAAUCCUGACUGGACUAACUUAGAUACGUACAAUGUCAGGUUACCUUUACAGAUAGGGGAGCUAAGUGCGUAUCAAGCACGAUGUCCUGUGAGUGCAGAUAAUAUGUCACCUAUGCUACCAGUAGGAGUGCACAAUCAAAACCAGGUCAAUGAUAAUGUGGUGCAAAGUGGUGACAAUGAUGUAAUAAACACAAGUGAACGGGAAGUAAGGAAGAGUUUUGUGAACUACCAGUUGCUAGAACAAAGUGUGUCGCAUCAGUCUAUUGUGAAUCAAAGUAUAAAUAUACUGAAUCAACAAAUUGGUGUGAGUAGAUCAAUAGUUAGUGAGGGAGACGGUAGUGGUCCCCAGUUGGUCCGGACUCCAGAGGGUGUGAUGCUGGCAGUGCUGCCUUCCUCUGUGCUGCCCUCUACCGAGACACCUGAAUUAAGGAAUGUGCAUAGUGAAUUUCCUCAAACUAUAACUGUGCCGCUAGGUUGGAGAAGAAUCAUAAAUGGUUCGUCGGUUCUCUACAUCAGUCCCAGUGGAACAGCGUUGAGUAACCUAACCCAGCUACGGGAGUACCUGCAGACCGCCGGUACAUGUAAGUGCGGCCUGCCCUGCCCUCUGAGACCGGAGACAGCUUUUAGUUUCGAUCCAAAGGUGGUGAGCAAGCCGUAUCAAGUGGCGGCGGGCGCCGAGCUGACCAAGUUGUGCAACCACAAGCGGAAACUCCUUGCGUCGCUGCAGUCACGUGUCCAGUCGCCGGUCACGCCGCCUCCCCAAGCGAUCGACCAGAUAAAAGGUGCUGUGCCAGAAACUAAGAAGAAAAUGAAGAAACGUUCUGGAUACAUGCCCACAAUGAGCGUGUCAAAAAUGAUGGUACAAAGGGAUAGACCCCUCAAUGAGUUCAAGCCCGACGUUGAUCAAAAGCGAACUGCAUCUCCGGGUGCUAUGAAUCGUUCUAAUAUGCAACAUUGUAUGCCAUAUUCACAACAAAACAUGUCAAAUGUAGUACAAGAAGAUGUUAAACAAGAAACUCUUGUACAAAGAAGCUCGCACUACCUCACAGUUAGUAGUGGUUGGAUCACUCAAAAUCCCGAGAACAUUGAGCCAGGACAAAAACAUAGUCCACAAAUAUCGGGCCCUUUAAAUAAUCCUCUCAAUAUGGGUCUUCCAGUUCUUGGCACAAACGGACAAGUCAUAGGUGUCAAUACAGGAUACAAUAAACAUUCUACGAACGUAAAAAAUACAUUGAAUUUAACACCACAUAAUAUAGAGCCGGAACAUAAGGAAGAAGAAAAUGAGCUACAGGCUAAUAAACAGACCUCUAAGGAAGAAGAAUCGCAGAUUUUCUGCGGCUUAAACCAACCACUCACACCAGAGGUUAUGCAAAAGAUAAACGAGCAACAGCAAAUAUUUAUUCAAAGAAAUCAAAAACAGAUUGAAGUCAUGAAGGGAUACAAAACACAGAUAUCAGAAAAUAUAAACCAGAACAAACAAGCACAUAUUCAAAGCCAAUAUGUUCCUCAAGGUCAAUUAGUAAUACAAAACGGAACUGUUGUUAAGACUAAUUCUGCGAAAACACCUCCCUGGCAAGUGAAAAGAAACGAUUCUAAUCCUCCAAAUUCUAUGCCAUGUCCUAGUCCAAAGUUGCAAAAGGCUGAAAACGUAGAUUACGAUGAAACAAAUAUAAGUGCAAUAGAAGAAUCUUCAUCUUCUAAUUCGUUUUCAAAUAACGAGCAAAUAUUAAACCCAAGCAUGUGCUCUCGUGUACCGCCUUUGCCACAACACUAUAAUAUGAUGGGACAACAAUGGCCUGGCAUUGAACUUAACAAAAAAAGAGUAAAGAAUAAUAACAAAACAUCCAAAAAGAAAUCUAUUCCAAAUGAUAAAGCUAUAUUUGGAAAUAAUAAUGGCUUAAGACAAAUGCAAGAUUUGAAAGGAAAAUCCUGUGACGAUAAUACGAGGAAUGCUGUGCCGUCAUUCAUGGAUGAUCCAAACGGUUACUUAGCUCAGCAAACAGUUUUACUGAAUAACACUAUAUCGAGACAGGUUGGAAUAAACAGCCGAUAUGAUGUCAAUCAAUUUGAAAAUUCUGCCAGUAUAUUUAAUGCACCAAAGCAAAGUGACAACAAUUGUAAACCUAGUAAAUCUGGAGAGCCUAUGAAUUCUUUUAGAACUAAUAUUGUACCCAAUUCGUCACCUUCACCUAAUAAUACUCCAGAUAGUAGCUUAGUUCCAGAAAAGACAGCUGACAAUAAUGUUCCACCUUGCUGCAAGGGUUGCAAUGUGUCAUACAAAGGAACAUGUUCAGAUACACCAGAAACGAGAACUAAGUUUAUGAAACAACAUCACGCCAAUGUUUAUGGGAUAGAUUUAGAGAGCGCUGUAGCUACAUCUAGUCCCAAGCACGGAUUCGAUGAUAAUCCUGUAACAUCUUCGACAUACAUAGAACGAAAUCUCAUGAUGAAUGAUAACUGUGGGCCAAUUCAAGCUGGCAUUGUAAGUACCAGUAAUGUGUCUCCAAACGACACGUUACAACCUCCAGAGCUUUCGCCUACUUUAUCUACCAGUUCUCGGAAUACGGAUACACCACACAGCAGUGGCAGUAACUCCCAACUGCAAAAUAAUUGUACAUUCCCCGUCCCGAGCCCAGCUUAUUCCAAUCCGAGCUCGAGUAGGGAUAACUUUAACAGCAAUCCUUCAACACCUAGUAGUAAUCACACAUAUCCAUACAAUUCGCCCGGCCCGUCAAAUAAUCAGGCAAUAUCUGGUAAUCAAGUAAUGCAUUUCAUAUCAAAUCAUAAUGUUAACAAAAAUCUGAUGGAAGUGGAUAACAUAUCAAUGGUGGGUGUUAAACCGGGAUUGAGGAAUCAACACGAAUUAUAUAGAUUAGAAUCUAAAAAGAGAAUAGAAAAUACAAUGCCUGGAUAUUGUCCUCCGCCACAUUUAGGAGGGGGUCCUGCGCAUUCUCUUAUACAAGCCUGCUAUAUACAAACCUUUGUGACUACAAUGGCGAGUGGAUUUUCUGUUACACGAGAUACAGUGACGUCUGUUCUCGCUGGAAAAGCUAAUACUGCAACUACGUCUAUUAAUGCCUCACAAGCAAAUUUUGUUAGACCUCCUCCUCCGCCGAGUGUAAAUUUAGCCACGACUUACGCCAUACCAAACAAUCAACCCGAUCCAUUUAUAAAUUCGGUCAAUUUACCUACAAGCUAUCCGUUACACAUAGCCGGUACAACAGCUCAAAAUAUGAUAACAAAGUCUCCUCUUGAAAUGGUUCAGAAUGUCAUCAGCAGUUUACCAUCAAAACCAGAAACGAGCAACUCGCAAACGACAUCGAUAGUUCAAAGGAGGUCCUGUUCAAAUACACCAGGACAAAUCCUUAUUUCGUCGACUGGGCAAAUAAUUGUAUCAAGCAAUCAAAUGCCGCCACCGCCUCCUAAGAAUACUACGUCAUUAUCUCCAGUAGGAUCAAAUGCUGUAACAAAUGUAACCACGUCAGUGACUCAGGUGGUCCCUGCCGUCGGUGGAGUGCCACCAAUUGUUAAUCAACCUACCGUAGUCGUAAAUACUUUACCAACGCCUUUCGUCAUUCAGCCACCUAUUAUGACAGUGGAAGGUCAAGUUGUCCAGCAAAAUACUGUUCUACCACAACUAGUGACUAGUGGCUUAGUAUCUGGACAGCAAAGCACUGAUACAUCACGACAAAUUGAAGUCAAAAAUGGACAGGGCUUCGUACAAGGCGUAGCAAUGCUUUCACCGGAAAGUCUUAAGAAAAGGAGUAAGAAAAAGAAAAAUCAGACUCCCAAUAUUACUAACGUGUUGCAAAUUACUGCACCCCAACAGAAUCCCAAUAGUCUAAUGGUACAUCACUCUUCUCCGCAACAUAAUUCUAGUCCCCAAUUUUCACCUCGCGGUUUCCAACUGUCGCCUACAAACAACAUAUCACCUACACCGAUGUUACAGGCACUCACAAUCGUGCCCGGUAAAUCCGGUACGCCUGCACAUAUUGUAAUGAACGGACAAGGAAACACAAACAACUUUGGAUCACAACAAAUUAUAGCUAAUACGUCACCAUCACAACAAAUUAAUUUACUGCAGCCCGUGAAUCUAAUAAAUAAUGCAAGCAAUGUUAUGUCGAACUUUCCAGCCUUCCAACAAUUUAUUUUACCGAAUCUCGGUGGAAUGGUCAUGACAGCGGAUGGAACGGCUAUAAUUCAGGAUAACUCUACAGGAAUGCCAAUGCAGCUACAACUGCAGACUGUCAACGGCCAAAACGUCUUGACACCUGUACAAAAUCCUGGACUUUUUACGGCAGGAACUAAUAGUGGCGUAGUUAUCAGAGCUCAAAACCAACAGGGUAAGAUAAUACAAUCUCAACACAGUCCAGGUGCUCAGUUUCUUUCUCCUAACAAUCAAGUAAUGGUCAACAGUCCAAACUUCAACGGUCAAUUAAGUCCAUUACUUGCAAACCUAAGUCCCACGAACGUCACAUUCAAUACGAGCCCACAAAUGAGAUCUGGUAACGUUCAGACUCAAGAAUUUAUUCAGACCAACCAACUAGGUCAGACGCUAAUGGUACCAUUAUCCCCUAAACAAGUUCCCAUAUCCGCGACGAGUAAUAGAACAAACUCCACUUUCGUUCAAAAUACGACAAUAGUUCAACAACAAACGACCUUAGUAUCGAACUCUCAUAACACACAGAUGUCGUCAAUAAAUCUACCGGGGGGUAACUCGAGAUUGAGCAUAGAUCCAAACGUUUUGCUCAGUCAAAAGUCUAUUACUAAUCAGAAGAGGUUCAAUCAGACGAUCGGAGAGAGCAACGUAUUAGAGCUUAAGGAUGAUAAGAAUUCUGGAACGUUCGAUCAUGUAAGACACUCUGUUUCAACUCAAACUCUGGGCCAGAGGGGGGGCAAGUCCCCUAACACCGCGGGAGGGUCCCCUCCCGAUACAACUACUCACAGUCCACUGGGUGCCUUAGAUGCAGCCCCUAGUCCUCGUCUAUACGCUUCGGCCUCACAUUCUAAUUACGCUGACACGACAACUAAAUCGCCAGAACCUGCGGACAUACAUUCCUCGGCGAUGGUGCAGUGUGUGUCAAGUAGCGAGCAAGACAUGGCGGAGUCACACGAUCGAAUAUGGCCCCAAGACUCCGAUUCACAAAAUAUGAUGGCAAAUAUACAAAUGAUGCGUCUUAAUCGUGCUCACAAUCCUGUGGAAUCAAGUGAAAUGCAAUACAAUCAAAAUAUGAAUUCAUCCAACAAUAGCCAACACGUACUACCCAUGACGUCAACUCUUUACGAUCGGCCACAGACCUAUAAAAGAAAAAAUGACUUUGGCGAUGGUUCAACUUACAGAAAUGACAAAAUAAUGAGAACUAAUUAUGGAAUGGUUCAUGGUUUGCCAAAAGAUUAUGAAACUAUGUCGAUUAAUCAAGAUAAACAGCAAGGAAGACGAUUUUCUCCGUCAGGGAGUAAUUCUGACAAUUCCAACGUUCAGAAAGUGUUUGAUAGACAUUUAGGUUCUGGUGAUGAUUCGAAGAGCGAAGACGAGUCGGACGACAAGUCGAGCGAUAAAUCCAUUCGGAAGUUUGAUAUUGGUGAACUAGUUUGGGGACCGGUUAAGGGCUAUUCGUCUUGGCCGGGGAAGUUAGAAUCGAAGGUUUCGGAAACGAAGUGGAGAGUCAGAUGGUUUGGGGACCGGAGCCCUAGUGAGGUGGAACAUUCGAAAUUGCUCACCCUCAGUGAAGGACUCGAAGCUCACCACGCUGCCCGAACGCGACACAGAAACAGGAGCAGAAAAUUAAACUCGCAUCUAGAGAAUGCGAUACAAGAAGCGAUGGCUGAAUUAGAUAAAAAGACAGAACAAAAGGUACAAUCAGGGAUCAGUCAAGACGAUAUAAACUCAGACGUCAUCACAGAAACGCCAAAACGAAGUAAGACGCAUCACAAGCUUAAGAGCAAACAUAAGAAGAACCCGGCAAAGGUUGACGGUAAUCGUUUGAGGAGCUCUCGAUGACUGGCGCCGUUUAGAAUCUGAAGAAUGUUCUAGAAAAGCCCAUUAUAGAAUAUCGAUGUUUUGUAUGUGUAAUGUCGGACAUUUCGAUGUUUUAUGCUAUAUUGUGUGAUGAGUAUAUCUUUCAACAUAUAUAAUACAGUAAGAAGUUUUAAAUUACAUAAAUUAACAAUUCGUACAAUUAAAUAAGGUUAUCGUAUUCGUGUUAUGUAUUGAAGGAAUUUAAGCGUUUAAGAAUUUUUUCCUUCAAUAUAUGAACGAUUGCUUUUAUUAAACAAUAGAUUUUUCUUAUUAAUAAAUAGGAACAUAUUUAUCUAGCAUAUACACAGCCUAAAUCUAAAUGUCAGUAGUAGAAUUUUAUUCCCC